CCAGUCAAAGAAUCGCUGAAAAUAUUGUUUACUUUUCAGAGUUGGCUUACACUUUAAGCUCUCAAUUCAACGUUGGCUGCCUGCCCCUCGACCCAAAUUAUACCCAUUAAGCCCCACUGAGGAAAGCACUCAGCUUUGAUUCAUUUGCGAUGAGUCGUCGAGGUCUGGGGAAGACCCAAUUGGUAUUUGGUCGUCUGCUGCAAGAAUUGAAGAGUUUGAGCCAGACCCAAUUCGGUUCCAGGUCUGAUCUGUAAACCCUUUUGCAUCUUUUUGAUUCAGAAGGAGAGGGUUUUGCAGGAAUUUGUGUCUGUUGAUUUGCUUGCUUUUGCUUCAUUUGUGAGAUUCAGAAUUGUGUGUGUGUGUGUGUUGUGAACUGUGAGGAUUGUUCAUAUAUAAGCAUAGAUUUGCUGUAGCUCUAUAUGGAAUUUCUUGAUUGUUAGUGGAAUCCUGAUACUCAUGUCAUCAGCUGAGUCCUGUGGCUCGAGCUUGCUUCUGGCUCUGUCAGAUGAUGUGUUUUCCGUUAUCACAUGUUUCCUGUCACUUAAGGACAUAUGUAAUCUGGGGCUAUGCUGCCGGAAUUUGUAUGCACUUGUGGACUGUGAAAAGGUCUGGCUUACUCAAUGUGAACAGGUUGGAAUUGUCCCUCUCCAAGACCUCAUUGAGUGGCGAAAGGCCGUCUCAUCUUACAAGGCGCUCUGCCGCUUUCUGUUUAGUGUUCAGCCACUUAUGGGAAUAUGGGUUCACCAGAAUCCGGAGCUUGGGAAUGUAGUCUAUGUCAUGCCUGGUUUUGUUUCUGUUGUUGGGUGCCGCGUAAUACCUCAAGAGCUUGGCCCUUUAGGGAUUGAAGAUGGCCCUAUUCUGUGGGCUCCUGUAUUUGAAAUUAUUGGUGAUUUUGAUGGUUCGACAGCAUUUUUUCUGCAUGGAAGGGAGAAGGGAUGUAACUAUGUGUAUCCUGGUUUAGUGAAACCGGUUGGCAGGUCAUGUAAUGUGUUGUUGCUUGAGAUUGAGCCUAGACAACCAAAAAAUGGGGGUAAAUCGUUAUUGCAUAGCAACAGCUUUGUUCACUGUCCAGAUCAGGAGCUGUCAAAGAAUAUUUGUAGGUCAAAUAGUGGACUCUCAAGGUCACAGAGGGUGUUUGGACAGGGUGAAACACUGGUGCCCUUCAGUCGAUUAGCAUUCAGUGACAGAAGAAAAUUGCUGGAUGUUGUUACAAGCCAAAUUCGUCUAAAGGUUCCUGAUGUAGCAAUUGGUCCAGUCUUUCCUCAGUUGAGGGACGAUGAGGAGAACUUUCAGAAGGAUAUAGUGCUCUUAUCUGAACGAAGAUCAAUGCUACUUCAAAUGUGCAAGCUUGGUGAAGGUCACAUGGAUUCGAAGGCAAGUAGUCAACUGCAAUGUGAUCGUACUCAGCUGCAAUUGAGUGAGUUCAGAAAGAGUCUUGAUCGAACAAGUGAUUUUCAUAAUACUAUUAACGAAGACGCUGGUCACAGACAAAGCCCCAGGAAGAAAUCUCUUGGCAGGUACUUUAAGGAUAGUCUCAAUCAAAUACUGGGAAAGUCAAUCUCAAUCAAUGGCAAUUCAAAGAAUAGUUCUUCCAGCAGUGAGAAUAAGUAUGCAUCCCUUCCUGAGUUUCUGAGUUCAGGUGAUACAAUAGGACUGAGUUUACAUGCUUCCACUGUGAAGUUAUCUUCUUAUCGAGCAUGGCCAAACAUGCAUGAUAGUCGAUUUGCCAUUUACAAAUUGCCCUUGCGGAUCCCAACUGCCGAUCAAGAGUAUGCUGGUUUAUGGGGAGGGACUUUUGGUUGGCCUCCUGGGAAGCCCACCAAAGAUAAGCCUGGAAAGGCUCUCUUCUUUCUUUUACUUUCUUAUGAGGAGUGCCAGGGGCAACAACAUCUGAUUGCAACCAAAAUUUUAGAGGGUACGCACUACGUUCUGCAUCCUAAUGGCUCAGCAAUGUUCAUAGUGAACAUAGAUGAACCUUCAACGGAUCCAUUCCCUUGGGAUACUGAUGUAGAUUCCCUAAAUGUGAACAUAAAGCAUGCUUUGAAAGGGGAGGGUAUUGCAAAUGGUUAUGGUUUUAGAUACCCAGGCUCGAAACCGGGUUCCCUCUUUGUAUUUCAAGAUGGUCACCUUGCCUUCAUUUGGAAGGAGUCUAGGGCAGUCUUGACUUUGCAGAGGAUUAACUUGCAAGAACUUUUGAGAAAAGGUGAAAGGGUGCCUGCGCUUCCUCCAAUUGGUAACUUUUCGUAUUUGACCAAGUCUUACUCAAACGUGUUUGCUGAGUUCCCCAACACCUCAACUACUUGGGCUUCAGCAAGGGAGGAGCAAUCUGACGCCUUAGGUGAAAACUAUAGAUGAGGCCUUGCUGGUAAGCAGGAAGUGCAAUUACGAAAAGCCAUAAGGUAACAAGAUAUUAAAACACCAACAGACAUUUGGAACGCGUAGAAAGCGGCAUAUACUGCACCCCCGUUUUAGUUGAAAACAGAAGGCUGGGAUGUAGCAAGAGAAAGACAAGGCUAGGAACAUCUCAGAUGCUGAUGAUGGCUGGGUGAGAAGGCGUACAUAUGAGCUCAUGUUGUGCAUGACAAGUGUUCUGAAUUUGUACAAGGACUCCGAUGACAUUAAGGUGACAUUGACCUUGUGUUUGUAUGAUUUAUGUAGUUUCCUUUUGCUUUUUGGGAUAUUAAGUAUGUAAGAGCAUAGCUUUUAAGUGGCCAUGUAUGGAACCCAAGAACUCCUGCCAUUAUACGAGUGAAAGAAAUCAUAUGUAAGGUAUUUUUAAUAAAUUCAUUAUAUAAAAAUGAAAGCAGUCAUUUUACAAUA